ACCGGAAGCGGUACAGCGGCCGGACCCCGGGAGCGGCGGCGACGUGUUCGUGAGGCGGUGGGAACACUUCCCCAGGGUUCUGGGCUAGGAAGGCCGCGGCUAGGUGCCUUCUCGCUUACCCCUCGCGGGGCCAGCAGGCCUAGCAGCGUGGGGCGGAGGCGACGGCGAAGGCCGGGGCUGGGAACGUUGGCGGCCGGCGUGCCAGCCAUGGCCGAGUCUGUGGAGCGGCUGCAGCAGCGGGUGGAGGAGCUGGAGCGGGAACUGGCACAGGAGAGGAGUCGGCGGGUCUUGGGGGGCGGCGACGGAGGCGGCGGCCGGGUCCGCAUCGAGAAGAUGAGCCCGGAGGUGGUGGACUCCAAUCCUUACAGCCGCCUGAUGGCAUUGAAACGAAUGGGGAUUGUAAAUGACUAUGAGAAAAUCCGUACCUUUGCUAUAGCAAUAGUAGGUGUUGGUGGAGUUGGUAGUGUGACUGCUGAAAUGCUGACAAGAUGUGGCAUUGGUAAGUUGCUACUCUUUGACUAUGACAAGGUGGAACUGGCCAAUAUGAAUAGACUUUUCUUCCAGCCUCAUCAAGCAGGAUUAAGUAAAGUUCAAGCAGCAGAAUAUACUUUGAGGAACAUUAAUCCAGAUGUUCUUUUUGAAGUACACAACUACAAUAUAACCACAGUAGAAAACUUUCAACAUUUCAUGGAUAGAAUAAGUAAUGGUGGAUUAGAAGAGGGAAAACCCGUUGACCUAGUUCUUAGCUGUGUGGACAAUUUUGAAGCUCGAAUGACAAUAAAUACAGCUUGUAAUGAACUUGGACAAACAUGGAUGGAGUCUGGGGUCAGUGAAAAUGCAGUUUCAGGGCAUAUACAGCUCAUAAUUCCUGGAGAAUCUGCUUGUUUUGCGUGUGCUCCCCCACUUGUGGUUGCUGCAAAUAUUGAUGAAAAGACUCUGAAACGAGAAGGUGUUUGUGCAGCCAGUCUUCCUACCACUAUGGGAGUGGUUGCUGGGAUCUUGGUACAAAAUGUGUUGAAGUUUUUGUUAAAUUUUGGUACUGUUAGUUUUUACCUUGGAUAUAAUGCAAUGCAGGACUUUUUCCCUACUAUGUCCAUGAAGCCAAAUCCUCAGUGUGAUGACAGAAAUUGCAGGAAACAGCAGGAAGAAUACAAGAAAAAGGUAGCAGCACUGCCCAAACCAGAGGUUGUUCAAGAAGAGGAAGAGAUAAUACAUGAAGACAAUGAGUGGGGUAUUGAGUUGGUGUCUGAGGUUUCAGAAGAGGAACUGAAGAAUUCUUCAGGUCCAGUUCCUGACUUACCUGAAGGAAUUACAGUGGCAUAUACAAUUCCUGAAAAGCAAGAAGAUUCUGUAGCUGAAGUAACUGUGGAAGAUUCUGGCGAAAGCUUGGAAGACCUCAUGGCCAAGAUGAAGAAUAUGUAGACAAUGGACUGACCUACAUUUUAUUUCCUGAGUUUAAGCAAAUGUCCUUGCAAUUAAAAAAAAAAAUCACUUAAAAACUUACAAAGCUUAGGGCAACAUUAAUUGAUACAUAAUCUUCACAGAAUUGUUACACUUUUUGAAAGUACUGUAUCGUUUAUCACUUUCUCCCUUCAACUAAAUCAAGAACUCCUAAAACUUCUGUUUCAUUCCUGUUAAGAAAACUUGAAAACUUAGCCACUGAAAUGUUUUGGCCUUUGGAGAGGGAUGGGAAGGAUGGACCAAUAAUAUGCUAUGUUUCUUUUCUUUCCAGUAAUUCUUUAUGGUGUGUUGUCUGAGGCCAUGGACAAUAAAGUAGUAUGUGGUUCUCAAAUGUAGACAGGGCAGGGGGUACCACCUAUUGGUUAGAGCUAGCAGGCCUCCACUCAUUGUGUUUAGAAUCACUCUCUACAAGAAAACUACUACCAUUAACUUGGCCAACAGUGAAUUUAAAAUAAUUAGCCUAUAAAAUAAAAAUAUCCUCUCAAAUGUUACCUGAUGAAAUACAAGCUGAAAUGUAGUCAUUGGAAAAGUUUGUAAACCUGUAAGUUAUAUAUUAAAAACAAGACAAAGGCAAAUAAAAGGAAACUUUCUUCACGGAUAAACACAUAAAAGGUACUUUCAGGAAGUACAAGUUAUUAUAUUUCUGCACUGACCAAGGAAAAGGAAUCAUAGCAUCUGUGGAACGUAUAUAUCUGGAGUCACUGUACUUUAUUUUGAGCAGCAAGGAAUGAAUUUAAGCUAAGAUCCUCUAGAUUAUACCCAUUGUAUGGGCUACCUUCGGAAUACUUCAUUUAAAUUUGAUUCUCUAGAUAAUUAGUUAUCCUGUAUUGUGGGCAUAAGAGAGACGUAAAAAACCUCUGUAAUGACUGAUGUGUACUUAUUCAGUGGGAGAGAAUCAGUUACCCUGAUUAUGAUCACUAAGUUAUAAAUUGAUAAACUGGUUUUCUUUGGAGUUGCAUACAAAUAAUGAAAGUUUAGAGAGCCUUGGAUAAAUAAAUUCCCAAUGGUUUGGAGACCAAAAAGAAACAAACAAA